AUGAAGAAUAGAAGUAAAGCCUCGGCAUUAUCAUCAGAGGGAUCAUCAUCAUCACUUGUUCAAGGAAAUUCUUCUUCUGCCACUACUACUAAUAUAGUAACUCCAUCUUCUUCCUCUUAUAAUUCAUCAAUAGCAUUGAAUAGUGUUGAUGCUUCAAUGAUUAGUAAUAAUAGUGGUGGAAUAUCUGUUAAUACUUCUAAUACAGCAAGCACUAGUGGUGGGACUAGUAUUAUAAAUGGAGGAUCUAAUCAUCAUCAGAAAACUAAUCGACCUCAUUUGGAUGAUAGACAAGUUGUGGAAUUAUAUUUUGGAAAUCUUCAUAAUAAUAUGCGUCUGAUUGAAAAGAGUGAAUUGGAAAAGUAUUUAUUUGAUAAAAACUCAAUUUUACCUGGAAGAGAAGAGGUGAUUGCAAUGUUUGCAGCUAUGAAAGCAACUUGGGAACAAUCACUUGGAUAUGAAGGAGCUGAGGAAACUGCAAAAGAAGCUAGAACAUUGAUGGGUUUAUUAUUUGAUGAACAUUCGAAUUAUUAUGUAGCUUGUGCUUAUGGAUUUUUGGCUUAUUAUGAAGUAGGAUGUGGUCGAUUCAAAACUGCUCGAUUUUAUAUUCAAUGCAUUGAUUUUUAUUUUAAGGAAAUGUCAGAGCAAGAAACACAGAAUAUGACUUUGUAUCAAUCAUGCUUGAAAAAAUUUACAACCUAUCUCACAAUGUUAUCAAAAACUAGUGGAAAUAUGAUUGAAACAACAUUGGAUUGGGUUGAAUUAUACGAAAAAUAUAUGGGAAUUAGUCUUCCAAUUGAUUGGAAGUUGAUGGUCUCUCAAGAUUUGACGGAAUUCAAUUAUAUGGCCAUUAUUAAGGUGAUUGAAGUUAUUUUGGAUAUUGGAGGAAUUCAUCUCAAAGAUUCUCCUGGAUUAACAUUGAAAAACUACACUGUAGUCUCAUCAAUAAUUUUCCACAGCUUGAGGAUUAAAAUGUUAACUAGUGUCAAUAGGGAGAGAGACAAAAUUGAGGAGAGUGCAUUGAGAAUUAUUGAAGCUACUGAAUCUGAAAUUUUCAUAAUUUUACCUCCUCUGGUUGUCACUCCAAUCAUGGCAGCUUGUAAAAUUCACUUGUACAUUGUAACAUUAAUAGAAAAGGGUGAAAGAAAAAAUUGUGAUGAAAGUUCACCUCUUGGACCAAUUGACUAUUAUAUGGUAUUGGCAAAAGGCUUAAGAGCAGUCAAAUUGCUAGGAAAGAGAUUCCCAAGAGUGAAUCUCUAUCAUAGAAAUAUGAUUCAGGAAAUGGAAUCCAUCUUGGAAAAGAAGGCAUUCUACAAUUCUCUCUCAGAAUUAAUCAAUAGUUUCAAUACUCAUUCAAUGCCUUCAUCAUACAAAGUUCCUGGAUUCGAAUCCAAUAGUCAAUUCUUUAGAUUUAUUUCAAAUGAAAUGACAUCCAAUAAUCACCAACCUUCCAUAGAACAACGUAGACUCUACGAGAAUAGUAUUUCAACUUUAUUAAGUGAAAUCCAACAUAUGUCAGCAGAACAAGAAAUGAUCAAUAACAAUAACAAUACCAGCACUCAACAACAGCAACAACCAACAGCAGCCAAUCACGAAUGGGACGAUGUACAACAACUAUUCAAUACUGUCUAUACGGACAAUGAUUUUUCUUCUUUCCUUCUUGAUGAGGAGGAUGAAAGGAAGUGA